AUGCCUCGAAAUACCCAUUUCCACCCAGGCCGGGAACCUCUCCAUGACCAUCCCAGCCUUGAACUUCGCCGAAACCAUGUUUCCGGCCCAAUGCCGUUCUUAAACCCAACGCGGGCGCGGUACGCACCCGCGCCAGGGAAUGCCUCAGCGGACCAACCCACCACUCCAAGACCCACACCCGAAUUUGUGGAGCACCUCUGGCGUUCGCGCGACAAUCGCAAAGGAAGACAUGUGUUACAAGUGGACUAUGAGGCUGCGCGACAAGAUACCGCAAACGCGCCCCCGCAACCUACGUCUACGAUUCGGGAGGCGAGGAAAGGGGUUAUACGGAUGGCUACAUGUGUGCCUUACUGGGAUGUUUCGUAUCUCGUUGCCAUGACAUUUACUCUUGGCUCUGCUGUUUGGAUCAUCAAUGCCUUUUUCGUUUGGCAGCCGCUUGUAGAUCCGCAGACCGAGUUCUCUGGCGAGUCAUACGUGGGUGGUGGAGUGACCGGGUUUAUCGGUGCUACUAUCUUCGAGGUUGGUAGUGUUCUGCUACUUCUGGAAGCUGUCAAUGCGCAUCAAACAGGGUGUUUUGGAUGGGCACUCGAGACGGAGAUGAGAAAGGCCGAGGGCGAUGCAGUUCGGACUGUCAGGGUGAAGCCAGUCACGGAGGACUGUCAACAUCAUCAUGCGAACAAACGGAAUCUGGUAGGGGCUGGUAGAAUAACCCAUCGCCUCUCUCAUGAUGCCGUGGAGGGUUAUUCUACGUCGUCACCGGAUGGUAGAUCGUUCCGCUGGGUUCCAUCGCUGUCAGAGCUUCGGGAUCAUUACAUCCACGAAUUGGGGUUCCUGGCAUCCGUGAUCCAAUUUUUGGCGGCAAGCAUUUUCUGGAUUGCCGGACUAACUGGGCUGCCUGGCAUUAUCAACCACAUGAGCCAGGGUCUCACCGAUGGAAUCUACUGGGUUCCGCAAAUUGUCGGUGGUCUUGGAUUUAUCGCGAGCGGCCUACUGUUUACUCUUGAGACCCAGCAGAAAUGGUAUAAACCCGCCCCCAAGGUCCUGGGCUGGCAUAUCGGAGCCUGGAAUUUCAUUGGCGGGAUUGGCUUUACUCUUUGUGGUGCCCUAGGGCCAGGAACCACUUCGUCAAAGGUGGAGUACCAGGCCACCCUUGCUACCUUCUGGGGGUCAUGGGCUUUUAUGAUAGGGUCCACAAUACAGUGGUAUGAAAGUCUUCAAAAGUACCCCGUGGAAAGGAAACGCACCGAAAAGUGA